AAUGGGAUGAUAUAAUAUCGAAAUGUAUCCACAAUUCACUUCGGAGAUUUAGGUGGAAGUAUGAUAAAGACCGAUUGUGAUGGACUGAACACAAUUUUCCUCGUCAUAUCUUUGUGUUCGGGAGUUUGCGGGCUUGUGGACUGUGGUGUGUUGUCAUGCCGCUUAGAAGUCGUGUGUUGUUUAUUCGUAGAGGAGAAUGCCAUGAAGAAUGUCAGAAACCACAAGGUGUCAACGCUGAUGACAUAAUUCGUUCACUAAACAUCUUUUGCGUGUGUAACAUAUUUCAUGAUGCUCGUAUUACUCUUCCGCGGACUAGACAGGAGGGAUGAAUCUGCGCUGUCACUCUGAUACGGUGUGAAAUGAGUAGUUUCGGAGCAAAGCGUCUCAGGAAUUUAUCUCAUACUCUCAGAUGGAUAAUUUACCAAACAAAUGAGCAGUAAAUAAACUGGCGACGAAUUGUAAAUAGUUCACCACUAUGGCUGUUUUGCAUCGUGCAUUAUUUACGUGGUUUAUUUUACUCGUGUUUUUCAUUUUACUGGUGUUGCGGCUUGAUUCUCGAACUCAUUGGAACUGGUUUAUUGUUUUCGUACCCCUGUGGCUCUACGACUUGAUCCUGCUGGUGUACGUGUUGUUUUAUGCAGUAUCACAAUGCAAGGGCCACUGUGGUGGGAGAGCGGCAGCAACACGUGCAUGGUCGGUUGCAGCCGUUACACUGAAAAUGACAGCCCAAGUUGUUCUCUGUUUGGCUCUGGAGUACCCUUCUUGGCAGCUGUCAGUGUACUGGGUAAUGGCACCGCUGUGGCUUUUCCUGCCAGUCCUUGUUGUAGCUGUAUUCAUCUCACUUGUGAGAUACAGUCAAUAUUAGGAAUUGUUUGGUGUCAUACAACUCUCAUUACUGAACAUCCAUCUUGAGUAUGUUGGAGGAACUUGUCACUUGACUGCUAUUAGUGAAGACUAAUGUGGAGCUCUGUUAGAAGUAUGAACACUCAGUUGUGAACUAAAUUAUUUUUUUCUUUUAUGAUUACGUAUAAGUGAGUACAGCUAAAUUCAAAUGGGUGGUUCUAAGUUGGAUUUCAGAAUGUUUGCAAUUCCAGUUUAUAAUUUUUGUUGAUAAUAUCUGUGACAAUUUUUGAACAUGACACAUUGGUUACAAUAUACAAGUGUAAAAAUAAUUUUAGAAUAUUGUAGUUCUUGUACAUAUUUUCUUAACUGUUUAUAUUCUUGUAAUUAUUCAUUCUAAGCUGAUUUUAAGUAUACUCCUAAUGAGAGAAUAAUUUCUUUUGGGCAUUAUCUGAUGCAUCUAAAUAGUAUGAAUUGUAAUGUAAUUAUUGCAGCAUUAAGCACUACAAUAUGACAUCUAGAAGAACCAAUGGUUAUAAGUGCUUUGUUGAGACACAUAUUCCAUUGUACAUAAUAGCUGUUUCAGUUUCAUUCAGACUUGUUACCAGAAGCGGUUCUCAAGUCUACUACAUUAUGAAAACAAAAACAAUUACAGAUUUUACUAUAAGUCUUUGAAGAAUAAUUAUGUCUUGGCUGUGUGGAUUAAAGUGUAUGAUUUCUUAGUUUUACAGUUUGAAAUGUUAUCAAAUAGGGAAAAUAUGUACAUAGUAGCAUAAAUAAUUUACACAGGGCUCUCAAUAAUACAAAAUUAAUCUGCAAAAUUGUUUACAGAAUAUCUGUAGAUGAAGACAAUUACACAAAACUGAAACAUG